AUGCCUCAAAGCUCGGUUUCGUUGCCCGAGAUUGGCCGAAGUUCUUACGCACUCGUCAUCCAGCGGAGAUUUACCGACAAGCACGAGCUAGAUUCUACGACUCUUAGAAUCAACUCGCCGCACCUACUCGGUGUAUUCCGUGAGGUUGUGGGUUCGACGUACACUACAGUCGCCUCAGAUUUCAGAUCUCCUUUCGAAAUGACUAGCCCAUUUCAAAUGCUUAUGCACUAUUGGGAUGAGUUGGAACAGUAUCGCGACGAGACAGAGGACAAUCACGUCCGUCAGCAUUUGAAGCUGUUGUUCGAUUUCAUGGAUCAUGAACUGGGUCCUGACCGGAAAAGUGUGACGGGUAUGGUACUCAACGGGCGAAUUAACUACACCCAUUCCUGGGUACUAUUCAGACCUGGAGGUCUUGUUUAUGCCUCAGUAAUGGGACACCCCUGGCUUUUACAGUGUCAAAAAACUGCGUAUGAAGAGAGCACCAUAAAAGGGCCAUAUAUCGUUGUCACUUGCACCUACACCGACCAUGAUGGAGCGUUGGAAGGCGCGGCGGUGCAUAAAUUCACCAUUUUCCAAAAGGAACACUUUGGGGCCGAAAACCCGGCUUUCAUCACUGACCUUCCCGUCUACCCGAGGCGUUUUGCCGGCGAGGCUGGGACCCUUGAAGCCAGGUUGGAAGAGAGAGGUCGAAACUUUCUUGCUAGAAGGACUGUGUGCGUUCAAGCGUAUAACGGAAUUGCUCAGUACCUGAAGGAGCCUCCAGAGUUGUUCUACAACCCUGAAAUGGCAGAAUUUGAUGGAGUGUGGCUCCCCUUCACCGAGUCGGGAAGAAUCAUACUAGACCGCAAGACGUUUCACGAGGAUCAGUAUUCAAAUCAGGUUUCCAUCAAAGCCAUGACUCCAGACCCACUUCUCUGCCCUCCAUACGAAUACGGCUAUUCCCUGAGCCGGAAAGACUGGUGUCGCUUUCUUGUCGACAAUAUGCGUGACGUUGAGUGGAAAGAAGGUGUAUGGGAGUCGUUGGUAUUGCCCACUGAACAUAAGCUUGUUUUGCAAGCUCUGGUGACUUCUCACCAAUAUCCUGAUGAUGCAAGGGACCAACCUGAGCUCAAGGGCAAGGGGCUCAUCUUUCUGUUACACGGAUCGCCUGGCUCGGGUAAAACGCUGACAGCCGAGACAGCGGCUGAGGGAACAAGAAAAGCAUUGGUCUCGUCAUCUCUAGGAGAUCUGAAUCGCUAUGAUUCGCCCCGGGCAUUUGAGAUACGACUAAAAGAGGUCUUAAGCUACGCAACGAUAUGGAGAGCUGUAGUUUUGCUAGACGAAGCCGACGUCUUCCUCGAAGCGCGUCACUCACUUGGCGACAGCACCACUCGCAACGCUCUUGUCGCCGUGUUCCUCAGGGAGCUGGAAUACUUCUCCGGUAUCAUAUUUCUAACCACGAAUCGCCUCACGACUUUUGACGCAGCUAUGAAAUCUCGGAUUCACUUAGCACUCGAGUAUUCGCUACCAAAUGUCGAAACACGGAGGCAGAUUUGGAUGAACCUUCUGUCCAGCAUGCCUACAGAAGGCAUCGACAUCGAGGAUAUCGACGACGCAGUGGUAAAUCUACUUGUGGAAAAGUUGAACGGCAGAGAGAUCUCGAACACAUUCAGCACCGCGCGAACAAUAGCUAGGUCACAAAACAAAAGGCUGAAUCUGGAACACAUUGAAAGAGUGAUUCGAGUGAGAAAUGACUUUGAGAGAAGACUCUAUCAUUGCGUUUGAGUCUACUUGAAGGAUGUGGAGCUUAAUACAUCUUUCUACAGCUUUCUUGGUUUUCUUUACGUCGUUUCACAUCAUGUCUCCUGAGUCGAUAGCUUCUUAUCUUGAUGUAUAGAUCUUAAAGGUCUUUGAGCCUUUGAUAACAUUGAUC